AUGGCUAAUACUGAGGCAUGUGCGCUCAUCACCGGCUGCAGCAGUGGCAUCGGCAAAGAGCUGGCGAUGGCCUUUGCCGCCAGAGGAGUCACCGUGCUCGCCACAGCACGUCGCACCGAGUCACUUUCCGAGCUCACCAGCAGAUACAGCAACAUAAAAGCGAUCGCACUCGAGUUGAGCGACCGCGAGAGCAUUACAAGACUUAAAGACACUGUCCUGAACCACACAGGCGGACGUCUAGACUACCUUGUCAACAACGCAGGGACGCACUACGCAGGGACGGCGAUGGACUUGGAGAUGGAUGAGGUUGCAGCGCUCUUCCAAGUCAACGUGUUUGCAGUCAUGCAGCUAUGUCAGAUCUUUGUGCCCCUUCUCCGCCAGUCGCCACAAGGGCGCAUCGUGCAGAUUGGCAGCGUCACGCGCCAUAUACCGGUGGUGUGGCAGGGGGCAUAUAAUGCGUCCAAGGCGGCGCUGAGCCAGUACUCGAAAACGCUUCGACUGGUCAAGCCAUUUGGAAUCGAGGUGAUUGAAAUCGUGACGGGGUUUGUCCAGAGUAACAUUCUGCACCACGGCCUCCACGCGCCAGAGGGAUGCCUCUAUCUUCCCAUAAAAUCCGCCAUUGAAGAUAUCAAGUACCAGGGCAAUGCGAACGGGAUGCCGGCAAACGAUAUUCGAGGCUUCUUCGAGAUCGCCCAGGAUGCAAAUCCUAUCUUCUACAAAGAACGGUUCCUCCACCGCUAUCAAAGUGCUCUAUGUAACCCAGACCUGAUUACAGCCAUGGCCAUCAUCACGGGCAAGUUAACCCGCUCUCCUGUGGGCGACGACAGUUCAAAUCUCGACGAGGGGCUAGACUCUUUGCUCAGCUCGAGCCUGCUGGAGGAUGACCUCGUUGGGGAUGCGCCAUCGCUUGAUCAGUUCCGCAAAGCCUAUAUUUUAGCCUUUUACGAGUUUCAUCAAUUUCCCGGCCACCACUCUUGGUUGCGCAUUGGUAGGCUAACACGGAUGGCAUAUCGCAUCGGGCUGGAUCGUCUUGACCAUAUCCGCGUGCUCUACCCCGAUUGGAGCCCCGUGAGCGAUGAGGAUAUCCAGGAAUGGCGCACUCUCUGGUGGCGGAUCUACCGGCUCGACACAUACUCCAAUCUCGCCUCGGGGACACCGUACUUGAUCGACGACGCCCUCAUCAACACCACUUUUAGCUACAGUCAAUCAAAAAACGGCUCUCCGGGAGUUUUCCUCCCGCCAAACUCAGAUGAACUCUCUGCACUCCUCCCUGCCAUCAUAGCAGACCCAGAAACAUUGCUAGACAAUAUCCAUAACAUCACAAUCGCCACCAUGCGCCAGACCGGUCUUGUCAUCCGGCUGCACAUGCUCAGACGCCGAGCCGGAAUCCUAGCAGAGGUCGCCAAGGUCGAGCGGCAGCUCACCACGCUCCGCCUCGCCCUCCCACCAGGCUGGCUCCACCCGCACCGCAGCGCAUUCACAAACGAGACCCCGGCCGACCACCACGCUCGCCUGAUUACAGUCUUCCACCUGCGCAUGGCGCAGCUGCUCCUUUCACUGCUCAUGUGCGCCCAGAGCGAAGCAGCCGACGAUUGGCUCGCAAGCUGGCAGCGCGUCCUUGCGGCGUGCCAGGAUAUCGCCGCACUCGCGGCACAGUGGGAUAGCGCAUUCUGCCUGGCCGUCGACCCGGCAAUCACGUUCACCAUAUUCACGACGUUGAUAUUCUUGGACCUGCACAGGAAGUCCGGCGCGCUGCUGGAUAACGAGGUCCGCGCGAGCAUCGAACACGACAUUACCGUGCUCCAUCUUCAACUAAUACACUUUAAGAGCAUCUGGACGCAGGCCAGACUACUUGCUUUGUCAUUCGAAAGCUUUAGUCAGUCGGUAUCUGGGCCGCUGUCCUAUGACCAGAUUACUUUGAUUCUCUCACGCUUCGAGGCGCCCCUGCAUCCGAGGUGGCUGCAGUUUCUUGCAUCGGCUCGGCCAGUGCUCGAGGCUUGUCAAUGAUAUUGGGAGUCCCACUAGCGGUUUUCCUGGCGUGAUUAUGUUUUUUGUUGAUUUGGUUUGCAUUUUGUGCAGUCGGAGGCCUAGCGGAUGGACCAUGGAUAAGGUUGAGAGACACCAGACCUUGUUGAUAUCGUGGUGUGUGGUAUAGAUGAGGUAAUAUUGUGAACAUAGCAUGUCACGAAUAUACUCGAAUAUUCAAACUGGGCCACGAGAAAGACCAUGGAUUUAUGGAUCUACUCGCCGACUGCUGAUUAAACUGGGAGCUGUUGAUAAUGAUCUCAAUCAAAAAAGCGUGUCACUAUAACUACACAGCGCCGAAACUGGUUCUUGUUUACAAGGGUCUCGUAACAAUCCACAACUUUUUACU